AUGCGCGCGAAAGCGUCGCGGACGGCGCGCGCGGAAUGGGCGCGAACGCGCGCGGGAGGGACGCGCAGAGCGAUCGGCGAGGGCGAAGGCGAGGGCGCGGCGACGACGGCGGCGAACGACGACGCGGAGGAGGACGACGCGGAGGGCGAGGCGCGAGAUUUUGAUUCGCAAGCGUUGCCGGAGAAUUAUUGCAUCAUCGAGGGGCGGAACAGUGUGGUGGAUUUCGCGGACAUGCAGGCGGGGGAGAUCGCGCAGAACAUCGAGAGUCGCCGACAGCGAUUGUUUUUGUUGAUGGAGGAGUUGCGACGGUUGCGGGUGCAGCAGCGCGUGAAGACGAUCGGGUUGGACGACGAUGAGGUGAAGGAGACGCGGGAGUUCGAGUCCGUGAUCCCGGGAUUCCCGGUGUUGACGGAGGAUAGCGUGAAGGAUUAUCGGAUUUAUUGGGGCGCGGCGGUGGGAUUUUUGCUCCUCUUCGGAGGGUUGAUCGCACCCAUGGCGGAAGUGAAACUCGGGCUCGGCGGGACGUCGUACGCGGAGUUCAUAGAUAGCGUGCACUUGCCCGCGCAGCUCGCGCAGGUUGAUCCGAUCGUGGCUUCGUUCACGGGCGGCGCCGUGGGGGCGAUUUCCGCCUUCUUCGUCAUCGAAAUUCAAAACGUCAAAGAGCAGCGCAAGAAGAUUUGCAUGUAUUGCAAGGGGAGUGGGUACUUACAGUGCGCGGAGUGCUCGACGAGCAACCGCCCGGGGCGAUUGAUCGAUCCGACGUCGAACACGAGAUGUAUUUGUCCGACGUGCAGCGGCACGGCGAAGGUUAUGUGCACGUCGUGCUUGUGCACCGGGAUGGCGCUCGCGACCGAGCACGAUCCUCGCAUCGACCCGUUCGAUUAA